AUGCAGGGUUAUUCUGUUGACCCCGAAAGUGGUGAAACGCAGAUAAGAGAAGAUUACCCUAUUUUGAAGUCUUUUCUCGCUGGAUCAGUGUCUGGAACAUUUUCAACUAUUUUGUUUCAACCAUUAGAUCUUAUUAAAACAAGACUUCAAAGUAGAGUGAACCUUCAUCUUGAUACUCCAAAAAGUGGAACAAUCGGAACUGUAAUCCAAAUAAUCAAAAAAGAAAAUGUGUUUGGACUUUGGAGGGGUAUAACACCGUCCAUAACCAGAGUUAUUCCUGGUGUUGGAUUAUAUUUUUCAUCGUUACAUUGGUUGAAACACACAUUCCAUUUAAAAGAUCCACUCACACCUACAGAAGCCAUGUUAUUAGGCAUUACAGCAAGGUCUAUGUCCGGAGGUUUAUUAAUUCCAAUAACAGUAGUGAAAACACGUUUUGAAAGCGAGGUUUAUAGAUAUAAUAGUAUAAGGGAAGCAUUGAAAUUAAUUUACAAGCAAGAGGGUGUGAGAGGUCUUUCGAGCGGAUUAAUACCAACGUUAUUAAGAGACGCUCCGUUUAGUGGUCUUUAUCUUAUGUUUUAUACCCGAUUUAAAAGUAUCGUCGUGGAAGCAGAUUUACCGUGCGCCAAAUCAUCGGCCCCAAUUCAUUUCAGUUGUGGAAUACUAGCAGGAAUAUUUGCUUCCAUUGUGACACAACCUGCCGAUGUGAUUAAAACAAAAAUGCAAUUAUAUCCAGACGAGUUCAAAGACGUUCGCAGUGCAAUAUUUAGGGUUUAUAAAAAAUACGGUGCGUUAGGAUAUUUCAAAGGUAUCGUUCCACGAAUGUUAAGAAGGACAUUAGUGACUGCCAUGGCUUGGACUGUAUACGAAGAGGUUACAAAAAGUAUGGGGCUUAAGUAAAAUUGAUUCUAUUCAAUGAUAGACCGAUUGCUUGGUAUUUGUCUACAUGGAAUUGGAUAGAAGUAAACACCAUACACAUCAAAUUAAAAGGUUAUUCAACCAAAUAUUUACACUUGAUGUACAGUAUUUUAGUUUGUAUAAAGAUUUGAUUAUAGCAGACAAUUGUAUUAUAGCAAAUAUUACUAUGUACAGUAUUUGGAUAGAGUAUAUCCUAU